ACGCUUGUCAGAAUCAAAACUCCUAAGUCAUGAAGCCAAUCCUCUUGUUAUACCAAGGAAGCAUCACAUUGCUACACUGCUCAUUCGACAUCAUCAUGAAGCAGUCAAGCAUCAAGGAAGACACUUCACUGAGGGAGCAGUGAGAGCAAGUGGUUUGUGGUUAGUUGGAGCCAAGAGGUCCAUCAGCAGUGUCAUCCACAAGUGCGUGACUUGUAAAAAGCUCAGAGGAAAAACAGAGCAGCAAAUCAUGGCAGAUCUGCCUACUGAACGACUACAGACAGAACCCCCAUUUUCUUAUGUUGGCCUGGACGUAUUUGGACCGUGGGAGGUGUCUGCACGACGCACAAAGGGUGGUCACGCCAACAGCAAGCGAUGGGCAGUUCUGUUUACUUGUAUGUCUACAAGAGCGAUUCAUGUUGAAGUGGUCGAAGCACUAAGCUCUUCAAGUUUCAUCAAUGCUCUCCGUAGAUUUUUCGCUAUCAGAGGACUUGCAAAACAACUAAGGUCCGACUGCGGUACUAACUUCAUAGGAGCAUCCAAAGAGCUGAACCUGGACCCUGCAAAACCUGGACACACAAGUGUGGAGGACUAUUUACGUGAAGAAAGAUGCUCCUGGGUGUUCAACCCUCCUCAUUCAUCCCACAUGGGCGGUGUGUGGGAGCGAAUGAUAGGUAUUGUGCGACGCAUCCUAGACUCUAUGCUCUUACAAGCAGGAAAUCCUUCUUUGACUCAUGAGGUACUGACAACAUUGCUGGCUGAAGUCACAGCUAUUGUCAAUGCAAGGCCUUUGGUACCAGUCUCCUCAGAUCCUGAAGCACCUUUGAUCCUGACUCCCAUGAUGCUGUUAACCCAAAAGACUCAGAAAAUCCCAGUUCCACCAGGGGAUUUCACCAAAGCAAACAUGUUCAAACAUCAGUGGAAAAGAGUCCAAGUUCUCGCCGACACCUUUUGGACCCGUUGGCAAAAGGAGUACCUGAACACACUUCAAAGU